CUUAUUUGCUUCCGACAAAACAUAUGGUGUGCCGAUUAAAUAGCGCACGCAUUUAAAAACAUAUAAUACUAACAAAAUCUGUUUUCCCUAACUUGUUUGACUGAGUUUUUUUUUCCCCUUGCAGUGAGAAACACAUAAACCUUGUUACGUUAAUGGAGUUCCUGAGUUUCAGAAAACGUAAGCAUCCCAAAGACGAAAUACAAAUUUACAAGUGGUCAACUUAUUGCAGUAGUCAUGAAAAGUCUCCCAUGUUCUUCAAAACCCCAAUUAAUCCAAAAACGUUAACAUCUCUUUGCCGCGUCCUUACCGUCUGCCGGCUACACCGGUCAUCCGGCCUUUCUUUAAUUAAUUAGUAUUGAUGGAUUGAUUUUAAUUUGAGCACAGAAGACAACUUUUUGGGACAACGGAAAAUAGAGGGAAGACGACGAACAAGCAUCGCUUUUUAUUUGCGUGAACAUUUAAUAAAACAAAUAAAAUAUUAGCGCCAAUUAUAUCCGUCCUGUUUUGUCAUUUCGCGUCCUACCUUUUUCGGUUUUCAACAUUUUUCUUUUGCUAUUUCCUCUCUUUCGUCGUCCUCCUCCUCUGACGCUCCACAGUCUCUGCACUCACACAGAGGCAGAAGGAGAGGAGUGAGAGAGAGAAGAAGAAGAAAACACAGUGCUUCACAGAACUAUCAAGAAGAAACCCUAGCGAAGCUGCAUUUUGAUGGAGAGUAUCGCGCACUCUCGGCAGCCAAACAAGGUGUCCGCGGCAUUUUCCAAGAAAAGCAAUGGCAAUCAUGGGGGCUUGCCUGCUAAAGGUUUGUAUGACGACGUCUACGGAGGUCCUCCCAAGUUCGGAGUUAACAGCCUCUCCCCUCGUUUCGAAGACUACGGUGAGAUUUUCGGAAGCUUUCACACUGCACGCACAUCUUCUAUACCGAUUCUGGAUCUUCCGCUGGUUGAUGAAAACGAGGUCUUCUUCGAUAUCCGCAGCUCCGCCUUCGACUACGGCGAAGUUUUUGGAGGUUACAAUGGUCUAGAUUUCGCGGUCUCCUACGAGGACUUGUUUCACCAACCCAACGUUCGGGAUGAUGCUUCCUCUGAAGAAGCCUGGACUCCGGAAGAAACUGAUUCAAUUUCGGGAGAGUCAGAUCGUUCUGGAAAUAAUCAAAGUAUGUCAAGGGGAUAUCCUUACCACUCUGUUGAUGGUGAUACAGAGUUCAACAUUUCUUACCACAGGGUCGACGGAACAGGCAAUGGAGGCAUCUUGAAGGGGAAAACACACAUCGCUGAGCCACAACCCCUUCACGGAUUCACUCUUGUGUUUGAUGAAGCUACCCCCAUGCAUAGCAUUGAUCCUUCUAUGCAAUUCCCUGAUGAUAUAAAUCUUGAUGUAGACCUUACCACUGAAAAGGAGAGGGAAAACCAACUUGGGAAAACAUCACAUCCACCUGAUCGUACUUCUGGAAAACAGACUUUUGGCGAUGAUCUUCAAUUGCACGAUGAAGACAGUAGAAGUGGCUCUCAUUCCAGGGAGGCAUUCAUGUCUGUGACUGACAUCAACCUUAGAACCCGACCCUCCCAAGUGCCACCCCCUUCACGGCCACCACCCUUACUAGAUGUGAAGAAGGGUCACACUGCUGAUUUUCAUUUGAACUCUGAGCCGGUUGCCGCCAAAGGGAUUCCAGGUGACAGCUCACCACCUUUCUUUGAUGUAGAAGUUGAUAUGAAUUCAUCUGCAGCUGCUUCUGCUGCUACCAUGAAAGAAGCAGUGCAUAGAGUUGAAACAAAACUUAGAGGUGCAAAAGAAUUGAAGGAGAAGAAAAAGGAGGAUUUUGACAGCAGUGUCAAAAGUAGUUGUGAUGUGAAAAACAUUGAGGGAAGCAGGAAUAUCACUAGAUCGAGUAGUUUGAAGGAUGAGAGAAUACAGGGAGCUUCUGAUGGGAGACAUAGAAAAAUGAAGAUUCCUAUCACAGAUGAAAGGCAGAAAACCAUGAAAGUUGUGGUGGAAACUCCAGAUUCAUUGUUAAGGGACAGACCUCUGCAUAUGUUUGAAAAAUCCACAGAGGAAAAACGCAUCAAUGAAUCCAGAUCAUCUCAAGAGUCUGAUAGGAGCGCUGGAGCUGGAACAUGGAAGGAAGAAACUGAAUUCUUUGAGUUGGUGGGCACAGAAGAAUCUCCUUCUGUUUUUCAGUCAGUGAAUCAUUCUAAGAGUUUAGCAAAAGAUGUCAGAACCCAUGAGAAUGAAUGGGAGGCUAAUCUGCAAGAUGAGAGUAAAAUGCUAAGGGCAAUUGAAGAAAAAUGUCAGCUGGAUGAAUACAAGAAAAAGUCUAAAGCUGCAAAAGAGGCUUGUGAACUAGAUAAAAUCAUUAGAUCUAAAGCUUCUCGUGAAGAUCAAAAGCAAAAAGAGCAUGUAAAGAAGGGAAAACUGAGAAAGUUCUCAGAGCAGGAAGAGAAUGAACAUACAAGAAUCACUCACCAGCAUGAAAAAACUGAAAAGAAAUUAACUGAUGUUUAUCAAUCAGGAAACUCAGAGAAUACGUCUCAGACUCAACAUAAGGAAGUCCAGCAAGCAAAAGGUGAGAAAUUGAAAGAAGUCGAUAGAUUUGAUGAAGUUCACGUUAUGAGACUUAAGGAAGGUGAGAAGAAACUAAAAGAGGCGGACAAACAAAGGGAUAAUGUCAAGAAACAGAAGCAGGCUGGCAAAGUGAAAGAAAAUGAUGACAGAGAAAGAAAAGCUUUUGCCCUAGGGAAAGGAGAGGCUGCGGAAAAACAGACCAAUUCUAUGGAUGUGGAAGAGAAUGAUGGAAAGCUAAAGGAGGCUGUUAUUGAGGAUAUAAAGAGAAAAGAGUCUUGCCAAAGAGAACAUGAGAAGAGUUUAAAACAAACUGAAUUGGUUCAGCAAAAGGAACAAAAAGAGGCUCAUGAAAGAGAAGAUAUUGAGAAAAUCCUAAAUGGUGCUUGUAGAAAAGAAGGUGAAGAAGGCCCAAAACAGACACUUGAAGAAAAUAAUGGAAAAAGACCUAAAGAGGCCCUUGAUCUAGAAGUGAACCAGAUAAGACUGAGAGAGACAGUUGGGCAGGAAAGAAAUGACAAGAGAGUGAAAGAGGCGUAUGAAAGAAUUCACCAUAAAAAUACAUUAGAAGAGGCAUGUGACGCUUGUAAUGGAUAUGAAAUUGAAAGUGAACUUCAAGAAGCAGAUGGCAUCGAAGGUGUUCAAAAUGUUCUGAAUCAAGGUCUAGAACAAGAUAAGAACUGUGGAAUAUUGGAAGAGGCCCAGAGUAAAGAAGAAAUUGAGAGCCCAUCAAACUGGGAGUUCGAUGUGGGAGGAAGUGAAGCCACAUUAAAUGAGGAUAGCCAUCAUGUGCAUUCUAAGAAAGUGCCUAAGAGUGUGGAUGGAGAUGAAAGAGAUAAGGAGUUGGACAAAAGUUUGGAGCAAAUGGAGGGGAAUGAAGAUGGGGAAUCAAUGAAGUUUGCUGAAGAAGUUGAUGAGAUAUUAAAAACAGAGUGUGAUCCAAAUCAUCUUGAAGCUCAAUCAGCUUCCAAUCACGAAGAAUGUAUUGAAAAACCAGAGGAAUCACAACAAUCCCCUGCUGGCCAUGUAAUUGGAAGGACAAAAACUGAAUGCAAAGUUGGUGAAAAGAAAUUGGAACAGGUAAGAAUGGAAAAUCUAAUGGCUAAUAAAGAUAGUAGAGAACCUGAAAUGAGCCCUGGCGAUGCAGAGCACAUAGGGACCAAAUCAGGAAAAGUGGAUUACUGUGUGAUGAAUGAUGAUGAAGUUGGCUUUGGCAGUCAAGAAACAGGUGUUGACAAAAUUAAAACGGCUUCUCAACAAGAUACUAAUCGCAGCAAUGUGGAUGGGAAAUCUGCUCAUGAAUGGAAUGAGAGAGGAAAGGACAACCAGCAUGUAAAAAUUUCCCUGCACCAGCAAGAAAGCAAAGACAAAGUGUCAUCAACUUAUCCAAACCCGUGGGAUCAGAAAGGAAGGAACACAGGAUCAGCUAAACCUGCUACAGUGCUAGAGGUGGGAAAUCAGAAAAGUACUUCACAGGUUCAUGUAGGUCAAUCCACAGAGAAAAAGGAGAAGAAUAUCAAUGAAACUCGAAUAUCAGAAGAGAGUGAUGCUGAAAGGAUGAGAAGAGAAAGAGAAUUGGAGAGAGAUCGUCUUAGAAAGAUAGAGGAGGAGAGGCAAAGAGAAAGGGAAAGAGAAAAAGACAGAAUGGCUGUUGACAAAGCAAUGUUAGAGGCUGAGAGGGAAAGGGAAAGAGAAAAGGAUAGGAUGGCUGUUGACAGAGCAACUCUUCAGGCUCGUGACAGAGCAUUUGCUGAAACUCGUGAUAGAGCAGAUAGGGCAGCAUUUGAGAGAGCAACUGCUGAAGCUAGACAAAGAGCACUGAGUGAGGCCCGUGAAAGACUUGAGAAGGCUUGUGCUGAGGCCAGGGAUAAUAAGGCAAGUGCAGAGGCCAGAUUGAAAGCAGAACGUGCUGCCGUAGAAAGAGCAACUGCAGAGGCUCGAGAGCGUGCAAUGGAAAAAGCCAAGGCUGAGAGAGCUGCUUUCGAGUCCAGAGAACGGUUAGAGAGAUCUGUAUCUGACACCUUUGCCACCUCUUUCAGAAGUAGUGGGAGACAAGGUUUUUCAUUAUCUGAUGCGCAAGACUCACAGUUUCAGAACUUCAGUUCUUCUGCUGGUUCCAGGCAUCCAUAUUCUUCAGUACAUGCUUGCUCUUUUUCUGAAAGAUCAGAAGGAGGGGAAGGUGAAUCAGCUCAGAGGUGUAGAGCUAGGCUGGAGAGAUAUCGCCGUACAGCUGAGCGUGCGGCAAGAGCUUUGGAAGAAAAGAACAUGCGUGACCUUCUAGCUCAGAAGGAGCAGGCUGAGAGAAAUAGAUUAGCAGAGACUCUGGAUGCUGAAGUUAGGAGGUGGUCAAGUGGGAAAGAAGGAAAUUUACGUGCCCUGCUAUCAACCUUGCAAUAUAUCCUUGGGCCUGAUAGUGGAUGGCAGCCAAUUCCAUUGACGGAGGUCAUUACAUCUGCUGCUGUAAAGAAGGCUUACAGGAAAGCAACCCUCUGUGUUCAUCCUGACAAAUUACAGCAGCGUGGGGCAAGUAUUCAACACAAAUAUAUAUGUGAAAAAGUCUUUGAUCUUCUAAAGGAGGCUUGGAACAAAUUCAAUUCCGAAGAGCGAUAGCAUGGCUUGUCUUGUGUUGUUGAAUAAUUCCUUGCAGCUCCCGGAGACGGAGGCCCCUACUGGCAUGCGAAUUAUAUAGCUUCGGCUCUGAUGGUUUUCUACUCACGUGCGGUCAGGCUAGCCCUAUUCCUAAACGCAAAGCUUGGCAAAUGGCAAUUAUUCGUCAGUUAUGAUCAUGUUCUGUAAUAUUAGCCUUCAAUAUUUGUAUGUAAGGGGAAAAGAGGCCACCGCAUGCGGCUUCCGCAUUGAAUUUCAGCAAUUCAGAAGCAAUAGUUACAUCACAAUAUGAAAUCUAGAUCUAUAAAUUUCUUGUAAUUUAUGUGUAAAUUUAGAAAAGGAAAGAAGGAAUUGUUAGAAAAAUCAAAUUUUAGAGACUCGAUUUCGUAUCGCAGUUGGAUGUUCUGCAUAUGAAAGGCAAAUGAGAUGAAUUAUAGACGGAUCAUCUUUUUCUUUU